GCAGCGGCGGCGGUGGCCCGAGAUAGCUGCUACUGCAUGCUGGGGUGCAAGCAGGUGUAAGGUUGCCUAGUUUGAAUUGUCUCGUAGAUCUCUUAGUUGGCUCCAAGGAGCUUUCGGCAAACGCACUUGCUUGGAUCCAGACUUAUUCCGUGCAUGUUUCGCCGAUGCAGUAGAAGUACUCGUAUUGGCCUAUUUUCGCCUCUGUUUGAAAGUACAUUGAGCAAUGGAUGCUUGAGGCCCAGGUGACGAUCGUACUAAACAUUCAAGACAGCCAAGCCUUUCUAACAAUAAAUAAAUCAGUUGGAUAAACUUACUCCAAGUACUUGAAAGGCUCUGUAAACAUGUAUAUUCUUCGAAGGUGAGAUUUCACACAAGGAAUGACUACUGAGUAAAAAUGGCACCCCAUUAUGGUACUACUGUAAUAGCAGUACUAGCUACAAUUAUCACUCUCUGCCGUUCCGAGUGUCAAACGAGAUCCGUUUACUGCUACGAAUGCGACUCUUGGACAGAUCUUCGAUGCAAGGACCCGUUCAAUUAUACGGCACUGCCUAGGGAUCAGCCGCCGCUUAUGACUUGCAACGGAUGCUGCGUUAAGAUGGUUCGAAACGCUAAAUCACCCUACGAGAGUGUCCGGAGAACAUGCACGUCGCAACUGCAGAUAAACUUAUUCAUGGUGGACCACGUGUGCAUGAUGGAAAGUACCGGUACUGGUCACAUGUGCUUCUGUGAGGAGGAUAUGUGCAACCGGGUUCCCUCCACCUACCAAACCAAUUCCACCCUCCCUUGCCUCAUAGCGGCACUCUUGGUCCUCGGCUCCUUACUCAAGUAUCCUGGCUUGCUUCGUAGCUCUCUGUGAUGAAUAUCGUCUUUCGACUAGUAGACUAACCUAUAUAAUAUCAUUUUUUUAUUACCUUUGUUUUGAUUUUUACUACUAUUACUACAAUUAUAAUAUUUCUCAAAGUAGAUGACCCCUACUAUUCUUGAAUCACGAAGUUAAAAACAAUAGAUAACAACAAAUGCGAGAGUGAUCGAGAUGUGGCAGUUAAUGAAUAUUAAUAACGUGCAAUAAUUUUUAACGAAUGAAAGGAUGCAUCACAACUUUAAAUCUCUAAUUUUUUUGGCAGCCUGUCUCUAUUUCGUCUCGCUUUAAUUUAGUUCUUGAAAUGGAUCGCAUUGAGAAAUCAAACUAGUAGCAGUAGCGGUAUUUAUUAUUUGUGAAAAAAAAACACGAGUAGCUAAUUAAUGUUCGAUCAAACUGCCUUUUGAAUACUGAAAUCGAAGAACCAUGCGAUCUAUUUUAGAAAAUAAAUGUUUAUUUUAAUGAUUUUUAAAAUAGAUUUAAUUGAUCAUGAGUUAAUGCUAGUUUAGUAGCACGUACAUAUUCGUAUAGCAAUAACCAAGUAACAUUUCUUUGGCACCAUACAACUAAUUAUCUUGUAUUAUAUCAUACGUGCAAAAUAUAUCACAGGCUACUUACGAUGUGUUUUAUGCGAAUCCCCGAUAAAGUACGAAUUUCAAACACCGCAAGUAUAUUGUUGUACAACUGUAGCAAGCGAUAAUAUUCAAUAGUGUGUGAUGCGCGGCAUGCAACGAUGUUAAAAUCACCAACAAUGUUUAUUAUUGUGCGAUCUCCACCUUUUUUAGUCUACUCUUACUGCCGAAAACCUUUUUAUUGCUUAAACGUGCGGCUGAAUUAAUUUUAAGUGUUUUUGGCUUUUAUGAUCCAACAUCUUGACUUAGUGGAGCAUCACCGCACGUUUACAGCACAGUGCAUGAAUAUCAUAUGAUUUUUUAUAAAUAGUAUAUGUUAUGAAGAAAAGGAAAGUAAUGUCUCGAGCUUCGCUUUCAGCUCGAACGACAUCCAUUUAUUUUCUAUCGUGAUACUUACACGAUUUUUCAACCCUCCCUCGUUUUUUCUCGACAGCACGAAUUAAAAUAUUAUUAUAUUUGAUGAAUAUUUUUACUAUUAUUCUCUUUAUUAUUUUAUGGUCAAUUUUCGUAAUUGACCCAGUAUCUUUUUCACUUGUUUGCCCCGAUUCGAAGUUUGAUUUAUAUAUAUUGAUUUUUUUUUUUCUAUCGUACUAACUGUAACAUUUCCCUCUUUCGCUAUAUUCUCUCAAUUGCGAUGCAAAUAUUGAUGUAAAUAAUAAGUAUUUGUAAGAGUCGGCAAACGGAUGUUUUUAUAAUCGACGUGGGUGCUGGUCAUCGUUUUUUCUUUUUUGUUUUACUUUUCCAACGUUCGACGUCUUUUACAAAGUUCGAAGUUUUUGACAAUGUUGGUGCUGUGUUUUCAUAAAUUUUUUACACUUAUAACACAUAAAGAUUAUGAAAAAAAUUUUAAGACAAAAACUAUCAUAAGAAUGUAUUUCUUGAAUUGGUUUCGGUGUUGUAAAGUAUGUUUUGUAACAAGCACGACCGCAUGAUGGCAUGUCAUAUACCGUAGAGAAUGUUUGGAACGUUGACUGUUUACGUAUACAAUUGCUUGCUUAGAACAUAAAUGUCAAUUCUACCAACGAGUACUAAUUUUUAAUUAAUGUCGUUCUAAACAAGCAUCUUGCACUUUGAUUGCGUAGAAUUGCAUCUACAAAAAGCAAGCGAUUUGCUAGUGAUGAUAAAACCUACCUUCCACCCUGCUGCUGAAAAGAGAAAAUAAAAAAAAAUAUCGUGAAGAAGCACUUUUAGGAGCCUUCAGGUUGAGCUCAGUCGUCUAAGGCUGCCAAGGUUUAAGCUGAACGCUCUUAUUCCUCACAGAAAGGCUUUGUAAUGAAGCCUUUUGCCAAAUGAAUGUCGCAGCAGCGCGAUAUUUCCUUGGCAGGCCAUGCGGUCCGUGUCGAGUCAUUUGUUCAUUGUAGCACGCGCGGCUGUGAGGCCACACUGUUAAUCCUCUUUCUUUUAAUUAUUAUUUUUUUUUAUUUAUUAAUAUUUAUUUAAUUUAUUACAGAACUGUUCAAUACUUGUAAUAGCUUUUUUAAUUUAACAUUAAUUAUUUGAGUUAUGUAGUAGUUGUAUGUAAGGUCUACGGAAAAUAUGCAAGUGGUUUUGAAUACAUUAUACAGGUAUGUAACUAUCUCGAAAGCUUUCAAAUAAUAUUGAACGAUUAGAGAAAAUUCGGACGUUAUUCGCGCAGCUUGAAUAACUUCUUCUACGAAUCUCACGACAACGAAAAAUUUAUGAAUGACUGAAUACUGUUUUUCAAGGUCUAGUCAGAGCUUUCAUUAUUUAUUUAUUUAUUUCCUUCUAUACUUAAUGGUAGAUGAAACAUUUUAAUAGUAUGAAAGGCAAAUAUAGUUUCAUUAGAUAAACGAUGAUUUAUAGUAUGUCUUAUUAUUUCGUUUAGUAUUGGUAUAUUUUUGCAUCAAGAGUAGUUAAUAUUUAAGUAGAGAAACCUAUGUAAUGGGAAAAAAUCAUUACUUGAUAUUUAAAACAUUCAUUAUUCUACAUAAAAGUUAUCUGUUUUUUUUUUUACCAACUGUAAUUAAAUAAAAAAAUUUCCAACAAUAAGUUAAAAAUUGGUGCAUUAAAUAGGUGAUGAAAUGAUUAUUGUUUGGAAAAAUUUUGUGUGGUACAUCAAAGAAUAAGAUAUUUAUAGCCAAGUAAAGUAACAUAUUUGGGCUCAGAAUCUCUGUGUAAAUUAUAUCGUCAUCUUCUGGGAUUUAAUUGGUAAAAUUAUCAAUUGUCAAUUGAUUAUUGACUUAAAAACCUGUUUUCAACUAUGUUACCUUAAAAUAUAGAAACUUGAUUCGAUUUUGAGCUAAAAUGAAACGAAUAAUAAUAAAGUGAUGAUUUUUUCUUAAAACAAUAAACAUCAAGUGAAACUUGAUCAUUUUUAAGUUAAGCUCGUGUGGCCUCGCAGCUGUAUACUCCACUUGCCAUGUGAGGUACUAUCGCAAAAAGUUUUCUACACGUUAUGUCACCAGUCAGAAUUCUUCCAUGUUGACAGCAAGAAGCUUUUUAUGAUUAUGAAAUAAGAUCGUGUAUAAUUGUACUUUUGUGAUUUGUUCUUAUCUAUGUAUAAAUUUUACUUAUAUUUUCAUUUUUUUUAAAUUAAAUAUAUGCGGAACCUACUGUGCGUUGCGUUUAUCAUAGUAUUUGUAAAAUUGCUAAAAAAGUUUCGGUUAUUUUUAAAAAUUUACCUCAAUAUCUAAUUUUCAAAUAAUUUUCAAUCAGACUAACAUAACUAAUUCGUACUAUCAGGGAAACUUUGCGUAAUGAUAUAGCCAACUUAUGAAUCACGAAUAAACUAACAAUGGAGCACUGAAAUAAUUUUUAUACAGGAAAUAUUAAAAAUAAGAUAGUUUUCAACACAUAAGUUUUUAACAUUUUUUCAAGUAUCAGAUUCUAAUGGUGAAUGCACGCGUACGGAAAUACAAUAUGCGGCUAUUGUCAAAAACAUAAUUAAAAAUUGAAUUAUUCCAUACUAUGUAUUUACAAAACAAAA